AUGCAGGCGUUCUUAGAGUUCUGGAAGGCUCGAGGUCUACUAACUCAGAUUCCUGAAUCUGGUCUGCGAAAUACUGAUUGUUGCUCAUCCACGCCUCCUGUGGGUGUUAUAAAAAUCAUUUGUGACGGGGCAUAUGAGGGCCAUAGUAAAAAUGCUGGUAUUGGCAAAGUCGUACGGGAUUUCCACGGUAUGUUCCUAACUGGAUGGUGUGGAAGCAUUGUUGCAGAUUCUGGUUUCUUGGCCGAACUAAAGGCUGUCAAGAAAGCUCUUGAGUUAAGCUCAUAUUGGCCUGGUGUGGGUUUAAUGUUAGAGGUGGACUGUGAAUCUGUGACGAGGUUUUUAAACUUUGCACCAGCAAUAAUUUAUACUUAUGUGAUUGGGAAUACCAGCCUUUACUUAGAUAUCUGGGAUAUUUUGGUGUCUUUGAGCUGUGUUACUUUCUCUCUCACUCGCCGUGGUGAGAACCUGGCUGCUAAUUGUUUAGCAGGUUUAGCUUCAAGGGAGCUGGAAUCAGUUGGUUCGGUGUUCACACCACGCCCUCCUUUAGCACUUGUUUUGCUCCAGGACUCCAUGAAUGUGCCAUUGUCUACUUCUGGCCAGUAUUCAGUAGCAACAGAUCGCGAGGGCAUUUGCAGCAGCUUUCUCUUUUAG